AUGACAAAGGAACAAGAAUUAUCUAAAUUUUAUAAUACUUAUAAAAAUAAAAUAGAAUAUGCAUAUAAUAAUAGAGAUAAAUUAUAUGGGAUUAAUCCUAAUACUAACUCAAAGCACAAUUUAAAAAAUUUUUAUUCUGGUAUUUAUAAUUAUUUUAAUAUUAGUAAUAAUAGAACACAAAAAUUAUUAGAUGAUAUAUAUGAUAUAUAUACUACUAAUAAACGAAGUAUAAAUGCAAGUAUAUCUAAAAUGCUAGAAGUUACUGGUUCACAUGAAUUUAAAAAAGAUGCAAAUACACCUAAACCAGAAGUUAAAGAAAUUAAACAAACACCAGAAAUUCAAUUAAAUGCUGAAUUAAGACCUCAACCGUCAGCCUACGGCGUGAGUUUCUCGUCAAUUCAACCACACGGUACAACCACUACUAUAGCUACUUAUCCACCAACUAAUUAUUUUAAGAAAGAUAGAACAAUUAAACAAUUAUUUAAUGUAGAUAUGAAUCAAUAUGUUCCAUCAUUAGCUAAAAAUAUAUAUACUUAUUUCAAUAACAAAGAUAUAAUUUAUGCUAAUAAUUUUAAACCAUCUCCACCUAAAUAUUCAUUUUAUAAUAAAAAUUUUGCUUAUAAAUUUGUUGCAAUACCAAAUACUUAUAUGUUUGAUAUAUUGUAUUUCUCUGAUAAAGAUAAGAGAGUAACUCAACAAAAAUAUGAUAAUCCAUCUGUAAAAAUAAAUUUUGAUCACAGAGUUCAUAAAAAUAAUCCAUUACAAUCAUACCUAAUAGGUAUAAAUAUUAAUACAAGAUAUGGGUAUGUUAUUUCUAUUAAAGAUAAAACUGCAUCAUCAAUUAUAAAUGGUUUUGAAGAAUUAUUUAAACAAGGAUUAAAAAUGACAAAUUUAAUAUUUGAUGGAGAACGAGGUAUAUCAUCAAAUGAUUUUGCUGAUUAUAUUAAUUCUAAGAACAUUAAAUUAUUUGUUACAGCAACAAAAAUUCAUACUUCUACAGCUCCUAUUGAUAGAUUAUGUAGAACUAUAAGAGAUUUAUAUGUCAAAUAUUAUAUUUUAAAUGAUGAUGAAUAUAAAAACAUUAUUAAUUCUAUAUCAUUUCAAAACAUGAAACGAAAAGAAUUACUCCAAUACAUGAGUAAAAUACGUAAAUUAUUUAAUGAAGGAGAUCAAAAACGUAUAACACCAGUUCCAACAACAGAAGAAGUAUAUAAAUUAAUGCAAUAUUAUAAUGAUAGUUGUCAUGAUAGUUUAGUAAAAAUAUUUAGAGAAUGUGGGUAA